UGAACAGUCUGAGAGUACAACAGCAUUGCAACAGUGGAAUCCUGACCAGAAGAAAAUCAGUCCCAGAACACUGUGAGCUCUCCUAACAUGAUGCCUACAGCUAAAGGCAUGUCCCACAUGUUACCCAGUCAUGUUCUAAGAGUGGGUCAAACUAUCCGCCUGGACUCAGCGCAGGAGACAGUCAGUCAACAUCCCAGUCUCACGGGGCCCAGCAGUAACCAUGGUGAACCCGAUCUCGACAUUUCACUGGAUAAGCUGAACCAGCUCAUCCUGGAACUGGAUCCGACAUUUGAACCCAUUGAGGUCAACAAAAGUCCCUCGUGCAUCAGCCCUCCUACAGACGACGGCUGCUCAGAUGAAGAUGUCUCCCGCUGCAUGAUUGUCCCUAGAGGUUGUUCUCCCUGCUCCUCGCCCACCGUGGUUCGAUCCUUGUCGCCCAGUAUACCCAUCCCUACACAGAGCAGCCUCAGCUGCAGUCCCCAUGGCACACUGGUGUUCUCCAGUUCCCCUACAUCCUCCCUGCCUCCGCUGCCGUGUGGAAGUGCACCUAGACGAAAUCCCUCACCAAAGCAUGACAUGGCCUUUUCCCAAGGAUCCCUGCGCUUGUCACACUCCAACAGGAACAGUGCUGCCUCGCUCCUCUCCAUGUCAACAUGUUCAGACACCAGCUACAUUCUUGGCAGCAACCUGUCCCUGACAAGUGAAGAUGCUGACUCUCCAGAGUCCAUCCUCACUCGCACGUCUGGCUGCUUCAGCGAUGGGACCAGAACGAGGCCAUCUGACAACAGGCACAGCCCAGACAAGCCCUCGCUCACAAGGCAAGGACAUCUACAGGAGCUUUACAGUAAAGGAGCACAGAGCAGUCCUGCUUCACUCUCUGGGUCUUUGACUGAUAUUCCUGUACUGCUAGUCAACGGUGCACCACAGCUGGAUCUGCACAUGCAAUCUCCCGGACCAGAAAAUGACCUAAUACAGACCAUCCCUGUGUCCAACUCAAAGCCAUUUUCUCCUCACAGUUUCCAAGCCCGUUUUAAUGGCAGCCAGCCCUCAAUGAAAUUUGUCAUGGACACUUCAAAGUAUUGGUUCCGUCCACAUAUGAGCAGAGCAGAAGCGGAGGCCCUGGUAAAGGACAAGGAAGCUGGAACAUUUGUAGUGAGAGACAGCACCUCCUACAGAGGCAGUUUUGGUCUGGCCAUGAAGGUGGACCAAACUUCCACCAACUUCACUGCUACCGCCUACCCAGAACAGAGCAAUUCAGAUCUUGUCAGACACUUCCUUAUUGAAUCAUCAGCUAAGGGUGUACGCGUCAAAGGCUCGUCGCAGGAACCCUACUUCGGUAGCCUCUCUGCCCUGGUCUACCAGCACACCAUCUCUGCUUAUGCUUUACCCUGCAAAUUACUGCUCCACUCCCAAGAUCUGGGCACAGCAGAAGAAAGGGCAAAUGAAAAACCAUCAUCAGAGGACAAGAGCAAUACAGCUUGCAAUUUCAUCUACCUAAAUGCUGUCCCCACUGAGAUGCUGACAGGCCCUUGUGCAGUGCACAGGGCGGUGUCCUCCACACUUGACAAGGCCGCAGGUUCCUUCACCCCAACCAUAGUCAACUUGAAGGUGUCUCCGAAGGGUGUCACACUGACAGAUGUCAACAGGAAGCUCUUCUUCAGGCGCCAUUACCCUGCUCACCUGCUUAGCUACAGCGGCGAAGAUCCAGACAACCGACUGUGGUUGAAAGGUUCCAGUUUCGGUGCAAGGAUGUUUGGCUUUGUGGCAAAAGGUGCAGAGGCUGGCAUGGAGAAUGUUUGCCACAUCUUUGCAGAAUAUGAUGCCUUGCAGCCUUGCAACAAAGUCAUUGAGGUUAUUCAGGCAGCCAUAGCCAAGACAUAGACACAUAAGGACUGAAACAAUAAUGAUAGAGAAGUGGUCUUAAGGCCCUACCUACACUGUCUGUCUUACACUGUACUUUACUGAAGAAACCCGUCCAAUAUGGUGGUCAUCGGAAGUGUCAAUGCUUCAGCUGUUAGCCUAAUCCAGUUACUGCUUCUGUUGGAUUAACAUUAAAAUCUGAAUUAGAAGUGCUUAGAACUACCCAGACCCCAUGAUGAAUGUCCUGUUGGAAACACAGAUGCAACUGUGGUUUGUGGCAAAUAUGAAGAUUGACAAGACUGAACAGCUGUCAGGCUGAAAAAAACAGAAAAGGAACCAGCAGUAUGUAACUGCAAUUAAAUAGCACGCUCCCACUGUAUAAAUAAUACCUAACCAGUUUGUAGGAAUGCUGAAGCAAAUUCAACAAAUACUUAUGUAAUGCUUAAUAUGUGAGGCUCCGAAAGAAUAAUUUUAAUGUAAAAAGGUUAGAGACCAGCGUAAUAGGGUACAACAUGUAAAGCAGUUGAUUUGUCUUUUUUCGUAACAUUUCUCAUUCCCAUGUAAACUGAACUGUAAAUCUGCACCAGCCGAUGCUGUAAAAUAUAGCGAUGAGGGAUUUUGAAGGUUCUGUUAAUAGACUGAAGAGAAACUGACGUACUGUCACGUCCUGUCAUUUCAGAGCAGAAACUUGGCAGAUACCAUAGUUGUGUAGCUCAGAAAGUAUUUAUUAUACUGCACUGUAAACAAUUUCUUCUCUGUAUAUUCAUGCAUUUUUUAAAAACUGUUAUGACGAAAAAUAAACAUAUUGA